UUAGUCAAUUUACAUUACACAAUUUAUACAUAGACACUUAACACAUACUUUCUAUAAUGUUAAGAUACAGAGAGGAAAAUGAGGGGUACGUUUGUAUCGAUAUGCGGUCGUCCCUCUUCCUCUUAACAUGGUUUUAAGUAAAUAGCAGUUAUGCAGCAAAAUUGCGAUUUAUCGUAAACAACACGCAUCGAGACCAUAAAAGUAUUUUCGCCCAAUUUACGAUCGGUCGUGAACGAGUGUAGUGCAUUUGAGUGCAUUGCGAAAUGCAUGUGCGUUGCAUAGCCCUGCUGGCGUUGGCGCACGCUGCCCUGGGGAGCAUCUUCCCCGUACCCAACCACCUAAACGACGUCAACGUCGCCACAACGACCGGAACUACGAAUAAUACGACAGUAGCUAAAAACACAAUAGUGGCGAGAAGAGCUAUUGCCCGUAUGAAAGCUCGUCGAUCCACAUCUUCGUCUUCAGGAGAACGACUUCUCGGAAAAUCGAAAUCGUCAGGAGACUCACUAGGAAUGCAGUCGUCUGGAGAGAGCUCCUCAGAAGAAAAACAACGCAAACCACUUCAAGGAGGAGGAUGGAGAAAGUGGCACCGUAAAUGCACCCCGUGCCCCGAAGACAUGACCAAGAAGUGGCGUGAUCCAACCAUCAAAUGGAUUUGCGGCGGCUACCAGCGCGCGCGCCGCUCGUUCAAGAGCGAGUGUAUGAUGUACUACAGGAACUGCCAGGAUGGCACUAUGUUCGUAAAAAUCCACGACCACCGUUGCGACGAAACUGCGGUCGGCUACAUGGGUGGCCGGCACUUCUUCUACGACUACCAGGUGAAGUUGCCAGACGACACAAGCGGAAAGAGCACUGAGAGCGACAGCUCGAGCUUUGACUCCUCCGACAGCUCCGCCAGAAAAUCCGACAGCGGAGACGGUUGAUUAUUUAUCCUAAUAAACACAUUUAAGAACUAA